UCAACUUCUCUUUCGACCCGUUCUGUCCAGUCACCGACACAUAAGUAGGAAAUCAUGAACUGGGGUUCUCUGGAAGAGCUCCUUAGCGGAGUUAACAAAUACUCCACUGCCUUUGGCCGAGCCUGGCUCUCUAUGGUGUUCAUCUUCCGGGUCAUGGUGUUUGUGGUAGCGGCUCAGCGUGUGUGGGGGGAUGAGAGCAAAGACUUUGUCUGCAACACUGAACAGCCAGGCUGUACCAAUGUGUGUUACGACCACUUUUUCCCCAUCUCACACAUCCGUCUCUGGGCCCUGCAGCUCAUUUUUGUCACUUGCCCAUCGCUCAUGGUCACAGGUCAUGUCAAAUACAGGGAGAUGAAGGAUUUGAAGUAUGCUAAACAACACAAGGGGAAGCACAUGUACGCCCACCCUGAAAAGAAACGUGGAGGGCUUUGGUGGACAUAUUUGCUAAGCCUUAUCUUCAAGGCUGGCUUUGAUGCUGGCUUCCUCUACGUCCUGUACUACGUCUACGAGGGUUAUGACAUGCCACGCUUGUCCAAGUGCUCCGUGUUCCCCUGUCCUAAUACAGUGGAUUGCUACAUAUCCCGACCCACAGAGAAAAAGAUCUUCACCCUCUUCAUGGUGGUCUCCUCUGCUGUCUGUAUCUUCAUGUGUAUCUGUGAGAUGAUCUACCUCAUCUUCAAACGUAUCGAAAAGUUUACGAAAAAGGUCCAACACAGGUCCUAUUCUUCACUCAGAGUGGAUCCUACAGCAUCAAAUCAGAACAUCACCAACAAUAAAGUGAAAAAAACGCUUUCCAAAGCGGAGGUCUCCAACAAGGAGUCCGAAACCUUUACGUGGUCAAAGGAGGUAAAAUCUUCAGUCAGAGUAGAUCCUACAGCAACAAAUCAGAACAUCACCGACAGUGGAGUGGAAGAAAAGUCUACUGUGAAGGUCCUUAACAAGGAGUCCGCGACCUCUAGCUUGCCCUCGGAGGAAAAAUCUUCAGAUGCCCUCCUGAUUCACUGGAUAAGCCUGGUCCUUCUACCCCCCUUGGAAGGAGUAAUUAUAGUCACACUGAGCAAGGGGAAACCUUCACCAGAUCUGUUCAAGCCCACUUCUGAAAAACCCGGUGACAGUCCAUUCCGUCGCUCCUCUGGACCCAACGCUAGUCUGCCU